AUGGCCUCGCACGAUUCUUCCAAAGAGCAUGCCCGUGGAUCAGAUACUAGUAACGAUAUCAUCCGUACCCCUGGGAACCUCAUGGUUCUCCGCGAGAAAUUUGAACCGUCCCGCAAGUCGCUCGCGUCAAAGGACGUCAUCGAGAUCGCGCGAGAGUUACAUGCUCUGACAGACAAAGUAAACGACAUGCACUCAGAAAUGAUGAAAUUGAAAGGGCAGCUUCUUGAUGCGUUGAGCGACAUCACCAUCGAUAGAUUGAAGCCAAGAGAGGAUUGGAAAUCUGUCACGCCAACAACGGCGCGAAGUCCUUCGAGGUUACGACCAAGCCCAAAAAUUGCCGAGCGCGUCAGCGCACUUCUCAAUGGACACCAAGGUGCGCUAGAAUCUAGUGUUUUUGAUCGCAUGUGA